AAGUUAGCUUCGACGAGGGCGUAUGCUCAGAAAUUCACUUCUGUGAUAUAUAAUUUUCAAAUAAAAAGUUUUGGUAGUUCUUGUCAUUUUUCUCAUUAGGAUCAGACAUUGACUAUCUCUUGGUUGACUUGGUUCAUAACACAUACAAAACAGCAUCUCAAAUUUUCCCAACUGAUCGCUCGUUGACCACCACACACCAAAGAUGAGCUACCCAUACCCAACCGGAGGGGCACCCUACCCCCAGCAAGGGGGCGGCUACCCACCCCAGGCAGGGGGCUACCCUCAGCCAGGAGGCUACCCUCAGGCUCCGGCACCUGCUGGAUAUCCCCCACAAGGAGGUUACCCCCCAGCAGCAGGGGGUUACCCACCAGCAGCAGGAGGCGGAUACCCACCCCCGGCUGGAGCAGGGGGUUACCCUCCCGCCCCUGCACCUGCCCCAGGCUACCCACCGGCUCCAGGGGUUGGUUACCCCCCACAGCAACCCUCCUAUCCCCCAGCACCACAACCAGGUUACCCCCCUCAACAGCCUGGCUACGGGGCACCACCACAGGCCGGAAUGCCUAUGCCAUCAGACUAUGGAUCAAUGCACGGCGGUGGUUUACCGUAUGGCGCUCAACCAAACAUGGGAUUUGCAGGUGCUCCUUAUCCAACGGGUGCAGCUAUGGCGGCCACAGCCUUCAGACCACCCCCUGUCCAACCCGCCCCCGUCAUUGGUGGACCGGGUAUGCCUCAACCUCAGGCAGCCUAUGCAGGUGCAGCCUCCAUCCCCGCACAGGCCCCGCCCGCACAAGCCCCGCCCCAGCAGAGACCUGCACCUGUAGCUGCACCAGUAGUUGCCAAAUCUAGCACGCCAACACAACAAAUGGCCAACAUGUCACUAUCAGCAGGGGCUAUCGUUCGAGGAACAGGCACAGUGAAGCCUAAAGCAAACUUCAACGGACAGAAAGAGGCAGAAAUCUUAAGGAAAGCAAUGAAAGGAAUGGGUUGUGACGAGACAGCGGUCAUCUCUAUUAUGACGACAUGUAGCGCAGUACAGAGGCGGCAGAUUGCGCUGGACUUCAAGACGAUGUACGGCAAGGACCUGGAGAAGAACUUAAAGGGAGAACUCAAGGGCAAACUUGAGACUAUUGUCCUCAAUCUCUUAUAUUUACCCGCCGAGUUUGAUGCACACAUGCUCAGGAAAGCCAUGAAGGGUCUAGGGACGGAUGAAGCUACUUUAGUUGAGGUCUUGUGUACACGAACCAACGAUGAGGUCCAGGCCAUCAAGGUGGCUUACAAGAAAGAAUUCUCUCGAGAUCUUGAAAAGGACGUAAUCUCCGAGACGUCUGGUCACUUCAAGCGUCUCUUGGUCUCCAUGCUGCAGGGUUCCAGGUCUCAGGACCAGAGGGUGGACGUAGAGAAGGCCAAAGCAGAUGCCAAGGCGCUGGUCACUGCCGGCGAAGCAAGGUGGGGCACGGAUGAGUCGGCCUUUAACGCCGUCUUGGCCAGUCGCAGCUACCCGCAGCUGAGGGCGAUCUUUAAUGAAUACAGCAAGCUGGUCAAGUACACGAUGGAACAGUCGAUCAAGAGAGAGAUGUCAGGAGACCUGGAGAAGGGCAUGCUUACUAUCGUCCAAUGUGUUCGCAACACACCAGCAUACUUCGCAGAGAAACUAUACAAAUCAAUGAAGGGUCUUGGUACUGAUGAUGACACACUAAUGAGAGUGAUAAUCUCUAGAGUUGAGAUAGACAUGGUGGAGAUCAAGCAAGAGUUCCAGAGAGCAUAUAACCAGAGCUUGGGUAGAUUUAUAAAGGGUGAUACAUCCGGUGACUACAAAAAGAUUCUACUUGCUCUGAUUGGAGGAGAAUAGACUAUUAUCAGUAAUAUACAGAAUAUAUAUUAAAUACAUUUUAGUAUUUUAUACUAUUACCAUUUUCUAUUUCUACAUAUCAACACCAUGGAAAACUUAGGAAAAAGAGAGAUGUGUACAAAUACAUCUUUUAAUUCAUCUUCACUAUAUUUUCUACAUUUUUUGAAAUGCUUGUGUAAGUUUUUGUUUAAAAAAAAGUUUUAUCUGUUUGGUGUAUAUUUUUGUAGUAGGAAUGUCCUGGUUAUAUCUUAGAUAUACUGUGAGUAUUUGGGAUGUUAAAGAAAUGUUGGAUGUGUGUUGGGAUAUAAUAGAAAUUUUAUCGGGUUUAUGAAGUGAUGAAUGUGGCAUAUGACAUAUAAUGACAGAGAUAAUUGGAGGAUAAUAGACAUUCAUGGUCAGAUCAGUCUCAUUUUACAUGAAAUUAAUUUUCAAAAUCAAAGUUAUGAAUUAACAUGCUAUACAAUUAUGAAGUUAUGGAAAUAUAUUGCAUAUUGCAUAUAGCAGAUUAAUGUAAAAUAAUUUCACCCCCCCCCCCCCCCCCCCCCCCCCCCGAAAAAAAAUGGUUAUUUAACACCUUUUACAUACCAGCAUUUGAAGAAAAAAACUGUUGGUGGUGAAGAUGAAAUGAAACAUUAUUUUCCAUGCAGUGAGUUGUGCUUAUAUCUAAAAUGCAAUUAUUAAUAUCUAAAAAAAAUCAUGGCAUAUGAGAACAGGUCGUUGGAGCAAUCAUGAUGCUUGAAUUUGCAAUUUUCCGGACUCUUGGGGGUAUUGUAUAUGUGAGAAACCCCAUUUAUAGGAAGACAAAAAAAUCAUGCGUUUUACCUAUUUUGGGUGAAAAGAGGGCCUUUAAAAUGAUGUACUUUCAAUUUAUCUCAAGCUAUAAUGUUUAUAAAAAUAUCAACUUGAUUGUGGAUUAAUGGAGAGAUUACUGGAAAUAAUUAAAAAUGCAUGUUUUGCAUAUAUUUAUAGCAUAUCAAUAUGUUUCAUUAGAAAAAUUCUUGUAUCUAUAAUACUAUUAGAUUAGUCUAGCAUGAAUCUGUGUGUAUAUAUGUGGUAGAAUGGUCAGAAAAAAGAGCAACAAAUAUGUAUGAAAACUGUUUUUCUCAAUUUAAAAAAAAUGCUUGGUGUUUGAUGCGGUAGCUUAUAGGCAAGUCUCUCUGUCAUUUUUGUGCAAAGACUGAGCAUGUUAGUUCAGUAGGGAAUUUUUAGUAUCUAGUUUUAGUUUUUUUUAAAUACGCCAUGAGGACUGUAGAUGAGUCGGGAGAUAUUCAAGGAUGAAAUUAUUGAGGAAUAAAUUUGGUUCAAUUUUUGUAAUCUUGUAUUUUUAUCAUACAGCAGCAUUAUGGAAUCAUGUUUAAGUAAUGGCCAGUUCAAAUAUUCUGGGGAAAAGGAAAUUUGAUUUAAACUGAACUUAUGUAAAGAAAUGUUUUAGGUUUGUGAAAUCAAAUCUCUCUUGCCUUAACUUCAUCAUUAAAAUCUAAGGCUAGAGUAAGCUUAGGAUUCAAUUUUUUUUUUCUUUCUGAUAUUCACAAGUAUUUUUGUGCUUUCAGCUAUUACAUAUGUACUUUAUAAAACCUGGACUUAAGCUAUACGACUUUUAGAGAGAAUUCAAAAUAUGAACAAAACUGCAGCAAGUGAUUUUUCCAUCACAGAUUGAGUCUAAAUCAUGAGAUUAUGUGAGGGUUUUCAUCUUUGUCAUAAUGACAUAAAAGUUUUGCAAAAUGGGCUAUAAAGCUAGGUGUUUGAUCAAUAUAGUGUGCUUCAUUUGUAUUUGGUAUUCAAAGAGACAUCAACUUCUGGCAUUAAUUUCAUAACCGAUGUACUUUUUACAUGUAUGUGCCUAAACUGAUUCAUACUGACUGCCUACACUUUCUAUUUGUAACAGACAACUCUUUUUACAAUUUAUAGUUACAAUAUAUUUUCACAAUUCAUAUUUAUAAUAUAUUUUGAAAGCUUGGUCAUUCAGAAUUCAGGAACAUGUUUUUACUGUGUUAAGAUAAGUUUAAAAGUAACAAUUCUACUUUUUUUGUGCUUCUAAAUUUGUAUCGGGCUGUAUGGCCCGAGUAUGAAAAAUCUCUCUAAUUACACAACUAUUUCAUAAAUAUGGUCAAAUGUUAUAAAUACUAUCAUCACCUCUCCGUCGGGUCGAUCUGUGGUGUUGGUAAUGAAGGAAAAUGGAGGGGUCUUUAUUGCCUUAGUUGGAAGGUGACAAAUAUUGUAUAACUGGUUGUUCCAUUUAUCCUGAAAAAAAAAAAAAAUGUUGUAUAAUUGAAAUCAAACAAAAAUAGAAUCAUUUAGAUAAUUUGUAUGUAUAUUCUUUCCCAUGUUAAGAUACACAUAUGUAUUUUUUUUUAUUUUAGUCAUUUGCCUAGUAUUAUAGCUUGUAUUUAAUCGCAAAAUACUGCCCUGCCAUACUUUCUAGUAAUAUGCAUAUAGUAUGUAAUGGAUCAAACUACAAUAGUACUUUUUAGUAUAUUUGUUCAUGCAUAUCAAUUUACAGCAACUUAUGUAUCAUCAAUUGUGUAAUUAGUCGUGUACAUCACCUUAAUUUUGUCGAAUUAACACUACAUCUUAAACACACAUAUUUAUUAUUUGACUUGCUGUUGUUGUUUUGUUUAUAAACUAUGGGUGAUGGUAAUUUGAUAUAUUUAAAUAUGCUUGUAUUUUUGUUUGAUGGGUAGGGGCUGUGUAGUUAUAGUGCAUUCUUGAGUGUCUGAGCUGUAUAAAAAAAAUAGUGUCAUUAUUCAAGUUGCAAUCUUUAUAGCUGAUAAGAACCUUAUUUUGAGCCUUAAAGCGUAACAAAUUUCUCUUAUUUCGACCUCAUUUAUUUAUUCAGUUUUAAACUCUAAUGAUCCCUGUCCCUUAUAGGUAGAACAGUUUAAUCUCUUUUAUUUUGUAAAUAAUAUUUGUUUUUGUCUCUUCAUACUUAAAUACUGCAAAGUGCUUCAUUAUCGACAUAUUUCUUUAUUCGUGUUCAGGUACUUUUCUUUUUUUUACAAUACGAAAUACAUUGUUUGUUCUGUAAAAAUAUAAUAGUCGUUAAUACUCUUAGAAUUGAAUUUAGUCUCAUACUUGCAAUUAUCAGUGCAAACAUUACAAUUCAGGGAUGCAAUGACACAUAGUUAUGGUAUUUCUUUACUGUGGAUGGUACUCCAAUCCUUAAGUGAAUGAUCGUAGCAAAUAACAUUUUCUAAUUUCAGCAAGGAAAUUUAUUGUUUUCUAAACAAUUACAAUGACAUUCAACCCAAAAAAUUACCUCAAUAGUUUUCAGAAUUGAAAAAAUGAAGAAUUGAGAAGAAAACUAAUUAUUUGAAUGAAGGCACUGAAUGUCCAAAUCUCCAACCCAAUCCACAUAUUUUUGUGAUUGUGAUUGUGAGAGACAAUUUUUGUUUGUUUCUUAUGUUUUGUAAUCUUUCAGAAAUGAAUUGUAUUAAUGACUCUCCCUUUAAUUAGUAAGGUGGUAUAAUUUUUUGAUCUUCCAUCUUUCGCCUUGAGUAAUGAAAUCCUCAUUAAAAUCUACAUCGUUGAAUAAUAAAGUGAAAAGCAUGUUUUUCAUAAUAUGCUAAUUGAGAAAUAUA